AUGAUGGGGGGAAAUCACUCCGUAAUGAAAUUACUAAAAAAUGACAUCCCCAAUUUAUUUGUGAUGAAGUGUAUUUGUCAUUCAUUUCAUUUGUGUGCUUCAAAGGCCUGUGAAAAAAUACCUAGAUUUGUAGAGGAUCUCACUCGAGAUGUAUAUAAUUACUUUGGUUCAAGUCCAAAACGCUCUGCCGAAUUAAAACAAUUUCAAAUGUUUUGUAACGUCAAAAUGCACAAAAUUCUACAUCCUUCUCAGACGCGAUGGCUGUCAGUUCAUUUUGUGAUAGUUCGAAUUUUAGAACAAUAUGGCGCUUUGCAAUUGUUUUUCACAGAUGCGGUAAAUCAAAAUGAUGUUAUAGCUGCAGAAAACAUUUUACAAAAAUUAAGAGAUCCGACAACAAAAUUAUUUUUGCAAUUUUUAGAAUUUGUCUUACCUUAUUUUAAUAAUUUGAACAGAGAAAUGCAAUCAGAAAAUCCCAAACUGCAUCUUUUAUACAAAAAUAUCACAACUAUACUGAGAACCCUUUUUGAUUGCUUUAUAAAAAACCCUGUUGUAGUAAAAUCUGGAUCUCUUGCUUCCAUUAAUGACAUACUUAUGUUGUUUCCGAAUAUCGUAAAUCCUGAGGACUUACAACGUAUAGAUAGUGAAUGGAGGCUAUUGAGAAACACAGAAGAAAUUUCAAAUUUUUCUAACGAUGUCAUGACCUUUUGGCUAGAAGUACAAACGCUAAAAAGAGGUGAUGAUACUUUAGUUUUUAAAAAUCUGGUUAAUUUUGUUUUUCAAAUGUUGACCCUCCCACAUUCGUCGGCUAAUGUGGAACGUGUUUUUUCACUAAUCCAUAUAUUGAAAACUAAGCAACGAAAUAAAUUGUCCACGGAAACGAUUUCUGGAUUAUUGCUUACAAAGGCGCUGAUAGGUCGCGACGAAUGUUAUAGUUUUAAUAUAGACGGUAAGCUAAUUUCUGGUAUGACGAACUCAAACCUAUACCAAUAG